AGAGGGGGGGGGGGAAAAAAAAAAAAAAGACAGACCGAGGCGACGUUGCGACAAAGCGCUGCCGGGUUGGCUGCCCCUUUAUCCUCGUCCUCGUCUUCCUCCUCCUGGAAAUCGAGUGUGCGCUCCGCCGCUGCGGGGAAUUUCGCUCGGUUGUCUGUUCCAUUGGUUCGAGUGAGAAAGGAAGGGGAAUCGUCAGAGGCAGCUCGGCGGCGGGGGCGGGAGGUAGAAGAGAUCAGUUGCGGGCGUUGAAUUGCAUCGAUGGACCAGCUCGUCAACUUCGUCAUUCGGCCCCCCAGGGCUGAGUAUGAUCCAAAAUCAGAUUUAUUAGAUGAUGAGUUCAUGCUGAAAGGAAAAUUGUACCAAAGAAAAGAUCUGGAGGUCACAAACAGCCGGGGAGAUGUCCUUAAAUGUAGUCACUAUGUGCCUGUUCAUAGUCCUGAGGGAAAGCCCUUGCCCUGUGUAAUUUAUUGCCAUGGUAACAGUGGGUGUAGGGUUGAUGCCAGUGAAGCAGCCAUUAUUUUGCUUCCUUCAAACAUUACAGUUUUUACCCUUGAUUUCUCGGGGUCAGGACUUUCUGGAGGAGAACAUGUCACAUUGGGGUGGAAUGAAAAAGAUGAUCUAAAGGCGGCCGUUGAUUAUCUGCGUGCUGAUGGAAAUGUCUCUUUGAUUGGCUUGUGGGGCCGUUCAAUGGGUGCUGUCACCAGCCUUAUGUAUGGAGCUGAGGAUCCUUCAAUUGCUGGAAUGGUUCUUGAUAGUCCAUUCUCUGUUUUGGUUGACCUGAUGAUGGAACUAGUUGAUACCUACAAAAUUCGGUUGCCUAAGUUCACUGUGAAGUUUGCAAUUCAAUUCAUGCGGAAGGCCAUCCAGAAGAAAGCGAAGUUUGACAUAACUGAAUUAAAUGCACUAAAGGUUGCAAAGACGUGCUUUGUUCCUGUACUAAUUGGCCAUGCCACUGAAGAUGAUUUUAUACGGCCCCAUCAUUCCGAUCGCAUAUUCGAAGGCUAUGUGGGAGACAAGAACAUUAUCAAAUUUGAGGGAGAUCACAACUCACCGCGCCCGCAAUUCUACUUUGACUCCAUAAACAUUUUCUUCCACAAUGUUCUUCAGCCUCCUGAGGACGAGGUGGUGGGGACCUUUUUCGAUAGUUUUCCAAGUUUCAUUGGAAAGACUGGAUGGAGUGGUGAGCACGAGCCAGGUUAUGCCCACAAAUCUUCUGUCUUGUCUAAAGGACUGGUGACUAGCAGCACAGCUGAUGCCAUUAGAGAACUGCGCACCAAACAGACUAUGAGUCAAACAAAGGUGCCUUUUGAUAUGCGAUCAAAAGAUGAUCAAUCUGAUGCUGAGGACUUAUCAGUUGAUGAUGAUUCUUGUACGUCUUCUUCCCGAAUGAUAAACUUCGAGCUAUCUAAUGGGAAUCCUUACGGUCCUCAUGUUCCAGCCUCCAUAGAAGAUGAACAAUAUGUAGAAUACGAACUUGAGGACUUGGCAGGUUUCCCGAGCAGUGUGGAGGAGGAAGAAAAGAUGCUCAUGGAAGCAGUCGUGGCUUCACUGAAAGAUUUGGAGAAGCGUGGUCCCCAAACUGAAGACUUGAUUCUCGCCAGUGGAACUGAUUCCUUUGAGUCCUCUCGUGUAGGUGAUCCAGAGACCUCAUCCACCACAGUAACUUGUGCAGCCUCAAAAACAGAGUCUGCUUCAAGCUCAACAAUCCAUGGCCAAGUUUUGGUGUCAGAACACCCCUCUCCCGAGACAAGCGUAUCAUCUUCUCGAGCUGUGUUGGAAGUUCCUCCAUCGAGUAAAACCAAAGAAGAAGGGUCUUCUCAGUCCAACCCUCCAGGAAACGCCCCAGUCCAAUCCGAUGAAGCAGCAGAUGUCUCGGGAAAAACCAAAGCCACCUUGACAGUCGUUAAGAGCCCCACGAGCCACAUUUUGGAAGGUUUGAUUCGCCGUUGGGAUCUCAACUGCUUCAGAAGUAGAUGAAAUUGGAAGUCUUUAAGUUAUUUUUCUCGCUUCUCGGUUUGGAUGUGCUGAUGAUAGACAUUUAUAUUUUUUGUGGGCAUAUUGUUCCGUUGCCACGGGGUCGCCGAUCUAAUUUGUGUUGUAAAAAAGGAUUGUUUUGGGAAGGAAAAUGGGAAAAAGGGAAGAACCAAGGGGGGAUGGUGGGUUGUAAAUGCUUACAGAGGAUGAUAGUGUCUGCCUUUUGAUUGAACGAUAGAUGAUUGCUGUUAAUGCCAUUGUUGUGACUGCUUCUACGUC